GGUCAACAUUAUUGGAUAGCAACAUUAUUGGAUAGCAAGACUGUUAAUAUAAAUACUACAAUUAGAAGUAUCGAAGUAAACAUAACUUUGAAUCUUGAUAGAUAACACAAACAACCAGGCCUUAAAUUAGCUUUCUUCAUCAAAUCGAUCAUCACUUCCCUGAAGCACCGGCGGCAGCGGGCAUGGGCGGCAACCGGGCGGAAAGGGGCGAGAGAGAGGCGGAGGAAGAGAAGUACUGUGUGGUACUCUGUAAUGGAGGAAGGAAGAAGAUGAUGCAGGGGGCAUUUGUGGGCUUAGCUCUGUUAGUGUUUCUGGGAAAUCUGAUGAUGUGGAUCAUUAUGCCAACCUUCACUUACUAUCUCAAAUGGCUUCCACAACUUCUUGCUCAUACAAACUCCACUUUCUUCGACAUACAAGGUACCAUAAUGCUUAACUUUACAUUGCCAAUCUUGUUCAUCGGUGUUAUUGGGUGCUUUUAUAUCCAUCUUGGAAACGAUGCAAGCAAACACAAUAAUGUACAGAGGAAAGAUGUUUUGAAAGCAUUGAGGCAGCCAAAGAUUAUAAAAGCAUUGGGGAUAGUAACAUGGAUUGAGCUUCUCUUCGCUGCUGCUUUUGUUGUUCUGUGUGUUUGGUAUUUCGCAGCUUUCAUUCACUACCACUACAGUUCAAUCUCCAUUUAUGCUGCCAGCAAAGGCGUUCAAGUGUGGCAAGCGAAGAUAGACAGAGUGGCAUUGGUGAUAGGGCUGACCGGGAACAUUUGCUUAACGUUUCUGUUCUAUCCUGUGACAAGAAGGUCAUCUAUCUUACCAAUGUUAGGGUUAACUUCAGAGGGUAGCAUCAAGUAUCACAUAUGGCUGGGACAUAUGACAAUGCUCCUCUUCACCGCUCAUGGCCUUCUCUAUAUUCUCUUUUGGGCUCUCUCUCACCGUUUAUAUGAGAUGGUGAAGUGGGACCCACAUUACGUAUCGAAUAUAGCUGGAGAGAUAUCAUUGGUGAUGGGAUUAGCAAUAUGGAUAACAACUAUUCCGCGAAUAAGGAGGAAGAUGUUCGAGCUCUUCUUCUACACGCACUAUCUGUACGUAGGCUUCAUGGCUUUCUUCACCCUCCACACUGGCAUCUUCUACGCCUGCAUCAUGCUGCCUGGCUUCUACCUCUUCCUCGUUGACAGAUACCUUAGGUUUCUGCAGUCAACCCAGAAUGUUCGUCUCAACUCAGCCCGUCUUCUUCCAUGUCAAACUUUCGAGCUCAACUUCUCCAAGACCCCUGGUUUGAAAUACAGCCCAACAAGUAUCAUGUUCAUAAAUGUGCCCACCAUAUCAAAGCUGCAAUGGCAUCCUUUUACGAUCACAUCCAAUAGUAACUUGGAAGAGGACACAAUCAGUGCGAUUAUCAAAUGUGAAGGAAGUUGGACCAAAAAGCUUUAUGAUGUUAUGUCUUCUCCUUCUCCGGUUGACUCCCUCCAAGUUUCGGUUGAAGGACCAUAUGGACCUGCACAAACUAGUUAUCUCAGGCAUGAUGCGUUGGUGAUGAUAAGUGGAGGAAGUGGGAUAACACCUUUCAUUUCCAUCAUCAAAGAACUCAUUUUCAUGAGCUCAGUCCAAAAUCAAAAGACACCCAAAGUUUUACUCAUCACCAUCUUCAAAAACUCCUCACAUCUCUCCAUACUAGACCUUCUCCUCCCUUUAUCACCUAGUACUUUUUUCACUAAUUCUAACCUUGACAUACAAAUAGAGGUUUACAUAACAAGAGAAACCAAGCCAACAAUAAUGCCAGAAAACCUCGAACCAGCUCGGGCGGUUUGGUUCAAUCCCAAGGCCUCUGAUGUACCCAUAUCCUCUAUCUUAGGCCAAAACAGUUGGCUUUGGCUAGCUGCUAUUAUAUCGGGUUCGUUCGUCAUUUACCUUCUCCUUGUUGGGGUUCUUUACCAGUACUAUGUUUACCCCAUGGAUCAUGGGUCCAACAAGGUUUUCCCAUACCACACAAGGGCAUUGUUGAACAUGUUGUCCAUAUGCUUCGGCAUAGUAAUCUCAGCAAGUGCAGCUUUCCUUUGGAACAAAAAGCAAAUUAGUAGGGAGGCCAAGCACAUUCAAGACUCCUCAAGAAGUUAUGCUAAUGCCACUGUUACCAAUGAUCAGCAUCUAGAACUUGAAAGCUUUCCAAGGAAAUCUCUCAAUGCUUCAAUAAACACUUAUUACUUCAGCAGGCCUGACCUCAAGAGAAUUCUUAUGGAAAUAGAAGGGUCGAGUGUGG